UGAAGGGUUUCGAGGACGCACGGGCGGAGCGCGCGGCGCAGCUCGCGGCCGAGGAAGAAGCCGGAACCGCGCCGAUCCGCAAGGAGCGACCAAAGGACGAGUAUCAAACAAAAAAGUGUUUAACUUUAACGGUUUUCAUAGAUUGCAAAUAUGCAUCACAGAUUUUGCCUAACAUGCAUGCUAUGCAUGACAAAUUUUAGCAUGGGCACGUUUUGUGAUGCAUUACUGCAUCACAAAAUCCGUUAGCGCUAACACUUUUUCCUGUGAUAACGAGAAGAAAAAACCCAAGGUCGGCGCAAACGCAAACUUGUUCUACCAAGAGAGGGGUACUGGCGCUGUUACUGGUGGAGAAACGACAGACGGCGAGAAUGUUGUAGCUGCACUCCAGCACCACAAAGGGCUACCAUCUGACGGCGCCGCUAUUGCGGGUCCUCGUGCACCAGUAGUUGGUCUUUCCGGUGAAGCAGCGACCGCGACGGGAGUAGAUCAUGCUGCUUCUCUUGGUGCUGUCGCGCACAACCAGGUUGGAGAAGAACAGGACGUACAGCUCGUCAUAGCGCCAGGAGCACACGAGAGUCAAGAAUCUCCGCCGCCCAUUGCAGAGCAACUUCCGCAAGAAAAUGAAAAUGAUGCGAGCGGCAUGAACGCGAACAGUGACGAGAAUCAAUCGCUUACGAAGAAGAGGAACCGACCGAAGGAACAGGAAGAUCCCUUGUUGAAAAGGAAACAACAGAACAAAGAAGAAAGGUCCGCGAAGAUAAGGCAAAAGCUUCGCUCUGUGGGGGAGGAGGACGAAGAGAGACUCCCAAUCCCAGGUGCGAGCGGGCAGCAACAUCCACCGAAGGGAAUCUACUCAGGGGGGCAGCAGCAGCGUCCACUGACCGGUACGAGGAAUAAUAAGCGACCUGGAAGUAAAACACCUACCUCGUCUCGCGCGGGGUCCAAAGGAGCCGCGUCCUCUGCCUCUUCUGCAAUCAAUCGAAAUGCGGAGCACGGAGGUGACGGCCAACAUCACGUCGACCUGCAGCUCGAACAACCAGACAGAGACGCGGGCUCCCUGGUGGUAGAGAUUGCCUCACCACAGGAACUUCUGCACGGCGAUUCUCAGUUGUUGUUCCUCGGUGCUGGCGAACAGGAUUUUCAAGGAAAUCAGGAGCAGAGGGCAUCCGCGGCAGCACCAGAAGACGGCGAUACGAACAACAACGAAAUUUUUCUCUUUGAAGGCCACCACAACGCCCCGGAGCCGGAUGACUCCUCGUCGGCGCAUCAGAACGAAGGCGACCCUGAUGACGGUCCUGGCGAUGUUAACGCAGACGAUGAGGAACGCGAGGACAUCAAGGGAGAAGACGACGACUCAAAUGAAGAUGAUGUCGUGCAGCAAAAAAACAAAAAGCCAACAUCCGGAAGUGGCGAUGAGGAUGAAACGGAACAAGCUCAAGACGGAUCACCUUCACCAACCGCUGACGGUGUGACAAAAGAAAAGAAGAAGAAGAGCAAAGACGCAGGCAACGAUGAACUAGGGUCCGGCGACGAGGAGGACGAGGAGGACCCGGACGACGAGAAUAUCACCCCGGACGGCAAGAAAAAGGAGAGAAUUCAGCUGGAAAAGGACAAGAAGGCCGUAGUGCAGAAGUUUAAGGCGGAAGUGAAAAAGUUGAUCGACUUAUCCGCACGCGAAUUUCCCGUACACGUACAAAUGUGGCUUCCGCAUGACAAACUUUUGCUUUUCGUUUUCCGUCAAACCUCUUCAGCAUGACAAGUUGUUUCCUCUAAGUUGGUGAAAGAAGUUGUGAUCGUGCAUUUUGUACAUGAGCGAGAAAUUUGUAUUGCAUACGACUGCACGAUGAACGAGACGGCAAAUCUGUUCCACCGCACACUGGUAAACCGGAAGAACACGCUGCUGCACUCCUUGAAGACCUCCCACGAGCUGGAACACGAAGAGCUGCUCGACUUCCGCGAGCAGUAUGAGCUCUGCUACAACGAGUGCGACAAGCUGGAGACGCUGAAUCUGGAGCUCGGCGCGAAUCUGUUGCCCGAUUUGUACGAGCAGAUCUCCGAUUUGACGUCGGACCGCACGUUCUUAUUAAUGGCCAUCAAGCAGUACUUUGACGGCAAGAUGUAUGGACCUGUCAGGAUUGAAAUCGUCAAAGUUGAAAUAGUUUGGCAUGCAUAAAAUGCAACGCAGAAAGUGCCUGUCUUGCAGAGUAGGCAAGGGAGGCAGAUUGUGUGCCUGUUUCGGGAGAGAAACAGAGCUGCUAAAGUAGCAUCACAGAAGGCGUCUUCCUUACCCAAACAGAAUUACAAACUGGAUUUAGGUUCUACCCAAAUUUGUCAUGCGCGACUUGGAAGCUUUGCUUCAACUGGUAUCGAUUUUAUGCAUUACAAGUUAUUUCAUUUUCAACUUUGUCGAUUUCAACUCUGACACAUCCAUAAGAUGCUGGAGAGCAUCGACUUGUACGAAAUGGAAAAGAAAAUGGAGACAGAAAACUCCACAAGCAAAACCCUCGAUGAUAAGGUAUCGUCCGCAAAAGUAUCGGCGCACUCGUAUGAAUUUGAAUUGCAAUGCAGCAAUACAAAUAUUCUUUUUUCUACUUCUUCCGGCAUUACAAGUUUCAAUCAUUUUGGUCUUGCUGUCGUGAUAUGCGAUGCCAUCCGUCGUACUACUAUCUAGUGCGCUACUUUUGCAAUGCAUAUCAGGACGGGAACAACAAGUCAACCGGUGAAGCGGAGGAGGACGCGGAGGCGAGCAAGCUGAACAAGUUGAUACUCGAAAACCGCGUGCUGAAGAAGGUUCUCUGGAACCUGGGCCCCGCGAACAUGGACAUUGAGGCGCAGCGGGCGAACAUCAUGCAGGCCCGGACCACCCGCAUCAUCAUGCGAACAGGCCGCGGGAUGGGGGGCGCAGAGCAAGACAUGAUAAGUUCCGGGCUGUACUACAACCAAAACCAUAAUCACCGCGGCACUUCUAGUCCAGCGAACAACCUCAGCCAAACCAUCAAACACGAGACCGGCCGGGGCGGGGUUCGUACAUCCACUUCUGUGCAGCUAUCACCAACUUCUUCCAAUUCUUCCCCCCGGACAGGAGGAGGAAAUUUUUAUCAGGGACAGCAACUGCAAAGGUUGCCACGCACCAGGGCGACCACGACUACGUCUACGGCCACCCAUAUGGCAGUGCCAGGAUUGAAAUCGUCAGAGUUGAAAUAAUUUGUGAUGUAUAAAACGGAUGCCAGUUGUAACCCAGCUUCCAAGUGGCGCAUGACAAAUUUGGGUAUGGCCGAAAUCCAGUUUGUCAUGCUGUUUGGAUAAGGAAGACGCCUUUUGUCAUGCUAGUUAAGCAGCUCAGUUUCUACCCCUCAAUGGGCUUACAAUCUGCCUCGCUUGCCCACUCUGCAAGACAGGCUUUGGUUUUCUAGGUGCAUCUUAUGCAUGACAAAUCAUGAUUUCAACUUUGACGAUUUCGAUCCUGACGCUUCCAUAACCCAGACGGACCAUCGGGUGCUGAACGCGUCGCUGUUGCAGAGCGAUAUGGAUUGCAAAAAUGUCUGGGUCUGGAAACUUGUAAUGCUAAAAGUGAAUGGUAGACGCACUGCAAUACGCAGCUACGCAUGGCAAUUUUUUUGGCUCCCAUGUCUUACGUAUUCCGCAUGGAAAGCUGCGCUUUUGCAUGACAGGUAGGACGGCCUUUUCGUGCCUAUACAACACAGAUUCUCGAGUUAUGCCAGACAAGCAUGACAGCCUUCCUCUUGUUCCAGACCCAGACACUUUUGCAUUUGAUACGCGAGUCUCUGCUGCAGUUGGCGCACGAGUACGAGAAACGGGUGAAGGCAAACAAGCAGGUGAGCGCGAAGAAAAUCCAGACGCUGCUGCGGCACACCGAGGAGGAGAAGGCGAAGCACACGGCCCUGUUCACAAACUUGGUGCAGCGGAUUCUUGCCGCGAACAGCGCGGACAACAACCAGCCCAAUCCCGCUUUCGUGGACAGCGUCACUUCACACCUGCUCCAAUGCAAGCAGCUGCAGCAGCAGUUCGGGGGUGGUGGAGCAAGUUAAGAUGUUGCACUACUAGAAGAUCUUGGUCUAGACGAACUUGUUUCACUAUUCGACAAUAGGCUUGCGUGAUGAAGGUAAAAAAAUCGAGCCGCGUAUUUGUACUACAUGCGUUUCGGUUUCAGACACAGUAAAAUAGUGGACGCUUUGUCCGUGACUACCACCCCGCAGCGGUAGAU